AUGGUCCGCUUCAAACGCCGCGACGGCGAGACGAGCGGCAAGCAGAUCUGGGCCGCGCUCAAGCAGAGCGUGCUCACGCACUUCGGGGACACGGGCUGGGGCGCGGUCGGCGCGUCGCUCACCGUGAAGUACUACUCGCCGCGGACGCACGUGUGCAUCAUCCGCGUCGCGCGCGACCCGCACCGCAUCGCCUGGGCGGGCGUGUCGCUGCUCACGGCGAUCGACGGGCAGCGCUACAUCCCGCACGUCGUGCACGUCUCAGCGCAGCUCGCCGCCAUCGAGCACAACAGGGAGGUCAUCGCGCGCUACCGUGCCCUCGCUAAGACUCCUGCUGGCUAUCAAGACUCGUACGAAGAGUUCCUGCAGACCAGCGCACAGGAGAUCGAAGCCCUUCAAGACUGA